CUGGUACUGUAGUGUACGUAAAGUUGUAAAUAAACGGAAAAUUACUUUAAUUAAUGAUUUUAAAAUAAAAUACAGGAGUAUUCCUUCGUUAAAAUGUUUAUAAGCAUGCAUACAUGGUUUCCAAUAUUCAUAGUUAUUCUUAAUUCCUUAUGUUGUACUGCGAUAGAGAUACCAAAGAAGUUCCAGAAUUCGAAUCACACAAAUAACUGGGCAGUUUUAGUGGAUACGUCGAGGUUUUGGUUCAACUACCGUCAUGUUGCUAACGUGUUGUCUAUCUACCGCAGUGUGAAGAGACUGGGGAUCCCAGACAGUCAGAUCAUCCUCAUGAUAUCUGACGACAUGGCCUGCAACCCCAGGAACCCGCGGCCGGCAACUAUAUUCAAUAAUGCCCACGAACAAAUAAAUGUUUACGGUGAUGAUGUUGAAGUUGAUUACAGAGGUUACGAAGUGUCUGUAGAGAACUUCGUACGUCUGCUGACGGGCCGCCUGUCGCCCGACACCCCUCGCUCCAAGCGCCUGCUCACGGACGAGGGCAGCAACAUACUCAUCUACCUCACCGGCCAUGGCGGUGAUGGCUUCCUCAAGUUUCAAGACUCUGAAGAGGUCACUAGUCAGGAGUUGGCUGAUGCUUUGGAACAAAUGUGGCAGAAAAGAAGAUACAAUGAGAUUUUCUUCAUAAUAGACACUUGCCAAGCAUCCUCAAUGUAUGAAAAAUUCUAUUCACCAAAUAUUUUGGCUACUGCCAGCAGCUUGGUGGGAGAAGAUUCACUUUCUCAUCAUGUGGACUCAGCCAUAGGAGUCUACAUAAUAGACAGAUACACAUACUAUGUCUUAGAGUUCUUAGAAAAUGUCCAUCCAAAUAGUCAGAGAACUAUGACUGAGUUUCUAGCAGUGUGUCCGAAAAGCGCGUGCCUAUCAACAGUGGGCGUUAGGCGGGACCUGUUCAACCGCGACCCGAGCAAGGUGCCAAUAACUGACUUCUUCGGCUCCGUCCGCCCCGUGCAGGUCACCACCAACCCCAUCAACAUCCUGGACACUCCGCAGAGGAAGAGGAAAAAUGAGAACAAAACCAAAGUACAAGAAAAGAUGGGAUACCUUCCACAAUUCCCAGUGCAUUUAGUACCAAAUGAUAAGUAACUUUACUUAAGAAACAUUGUGAUUGUGGUUUCCACAAGUAUUACUAGAACAAAAUAAAGUUUUUUUUACAACA